AUGGCAGGUGAACAAGAAGCAGAUUUAAAUAAAAAAAUCAAAUUUUUAGAAAAAGAAUUAGCAAAUUAUCAUGAAUUACAAGCACAUUCUGAACAGCUAAAACAGAAACUAGAGUUAGCUGAAAGUCAAGUUGAAGAUUUGAAAGAUCGUUUAGAUGAUGCAGUACAUGCUGACGAAAUGCUUGAAGCACUGGCCGAAAAGGAUUUGGCUCAAGGCGAAGUAAUAAAGAAUAUAACUUUAUCAUCACUAUUUACAAUAUAG